UCAAACAAAAAAGUUGAAUUCAAGUUACAUAUACAGUAUAUUAUAAACAAGGGUUGAAUCACAUAUAUAGUAAUAUAUAGCAAAUUAAGAUUGCCUCUAUAGAUUUUUAAAAGCCAAGUUUUGUUACAGAUUUAUAGAUAAUUUUUAACUAUACCCAAUGAACUUACAACUCCUGAGAUAGAAUUUACAGCAUAGUUUUAAGAGAUGUUUUGAGAGCAGAGCAAGAGAAAUUGUAGAGAUAAAAGUUUUUUAAGAGUGGGAAGCAGAAGUGUAGAGCAGAGCUAGUUUAGAUGUAAGAGAUUUGGGGUCAGUUGCUUGUGCUGUGGCAGUUAAGAUUUGUGAGAGUUUGGAAAUCAAAUGUGCCAAUUUUUGGCCAUUGAUCUAUAGUGAGGCCAAGCUGUUUAUAGUCCAGGUCUGUGUGUGUGUGUGUGUGUGUGUGUGUGUGUGUGUGUUGAAAAAGGAAACUCCCCUGGAGGGAAUUUCUGUAAGCUCCUAGAGGAGCUGAGAAAGUGUGUAGUGACCCAAAUGUGCUCAUGCUUAGAGUAGUUGCAGGAGGGGUGGACUGUAGGCAGGUCAGCAGUUCCUGCGGGAGGUGAGAGAAAGUGAGCUGAGCUGAGGUGGAUAAAGAGUCUUUGUGAGGAGAAUUUCCAUCUAGGGCAUUCUCAAGGGGAAUGAAAAACUUGUCAAGUGUUCCAAAUCAUGCAGAGAAAAGGUGGCUCUUCUCAUGUGACUAGGACCCAAGUAGGGCGAGGGAGCUUCCUGGCACACUGGUGUGGCUUUUGUGGUGACAGUGGAGAAGCAGGCAGCUUGGGAUGACACUGAUCCAGUAGAGAUGAGAGAGAGCAGGGGAGGGAGACCCAGACGGUGUCGCAGGCCAGAGCUGAGAGAGGAAGGGAGCACCCGGUGGGUACCUUGGGAGGAUGUAGAAGGCUCUAGGAGUCGGGGAUAGAGUUAUGGAUAGACGAGGAGAGGGAUGUGGGCGUGGGGGGAGAAGUAGUGAGAAGGCAGACCCUAGAAUUUGGGGUCCAGAUUGAUGGAUGACAGGAGGGGCGGAAACAAAUGAUCUGUGCAAGCCUUAGGAGAGUCAGAGCAGCAGAGUUCCUUAAAGGAUCAGCUACGCCAGUCCCAGCUUUUGGUGCCAGAAGGAUGAAAAGAAGAAAUGAGAAAGGAAGGGCAUGGCUGCUUCCAGGUGUGACAGAGAAGAAGAUUGACUGUAGAUAAAAGGGAGAGCAUAGCCAGAGGCAGGGACGGCUGGGAGUCCAGAGUGAGCAUAACCCUGAGCCUGGCCAUGUGAGAAGGGGAGAGCCAGGAAAGUAAAGGGUAGAUUGGAGGCGGGGGCAGAAUAAGCAGAAUGGCUGGAUUAUAUAGGGAAGUGCAGCUCAGAUCCUGAGCUGGAGAAAUUUAAGGAGACCGGGGCAUCCCAGCCAUACCCUGUAACAGAUAGGGAGUGAGGGAUGCAGGGAGAACCUGGCAGCCAGGUCUGCUUUGAUAUAUUAAAUACACACCUCAGUCAUUUGUCCUGGGUUUGAGAUCUCACACCACUAAUCUACCUUCAUCAUUAUUGCUUUAUAGUAAAUGUAAUUUCUAAGAAGAAUUUUAGGGAAAUUAAGAAAGGGUGAGCGGUCUUUCCAUUCUACCUUUUCCCCCCUGUAAGUAAAGAAUGCAGGGCUUGAAGAGAAUGCUCAGCAGAUAGGAGCACUUGCUGUUGUUGUAGUGAAUUGUUUUCUAGCACCCACAUGGUGGCUCACAACUGUCCAAACACUAAUUCCAAGGGAUCCUAUGGCCUCUACUGGCCUCUGCUGGUGGUGUGUGUAUUGUGUGUGUGUGUGUGUGUGUACACAUUCAGCCAAUACACUGAUACACACUAACAAAUGUGUAUGAGCUGGAGACAUAGCUCGGUUGGUGGAAUGCUUGCUUGGUUUUUCCGAAGGCAUGGCACCACAUAAACUAGGUGUGGUGGUGAGCAGUCUGAGUAGUCACUGAAGGUGGUGGGAGUUGGAUGAUCAGAAGUUCAAAAUCAUUUUCAGGCUCUUAAGAGUUUACUGGCAGUCUAGGAUUAAUGAGUGUGUCAGAUCUCAACAAACAACCCCAAACAACAACAAAAACCUAACAGUGGCUAAGUGCCCUGAAAAUAUUAAGGCAAAAUUAAAGGCAAUAAUAUGUUUUUUUCCCAUGUAGAUAAUAGCUACUUAAGCUUUCUACCAAAAUGGGCUUGAUGUACAAUUUGGGAAGUGUACGUUGUAUUUCUGGUCUUAAAGAUGUUUCUUAUAGUCUAGUAUUAAAGUUAGGUGGAAGUUACCGAACAUAAUGAAGGUGGGCAAGUAGUUGGAGUCGACGUUGGCAAAAGUGGGUAGAACUCAUUGUACUGGGAUGCUCAUUGCCAGAUUUUGGUUAUGUUUGAAGAUUGUCCUAAGCAUGAUGUAAUACUAGCAUAAACCUUUGAAGCUUCAGCUGACACCAUCCAGGUCUGAAGUGCAUAGGACUUUAUGGGCCAAGGGUAAUGCUUGUUUAAAAACAAGGCAAGCUACUCUAGUUUAAUGAGGCCAGUUAAGAAAACUUUUCCAGAGUGGGAUGAGAAUAUAAAUCUCAGUUUGGAGUUAGAAGUAGAGUUUUAUGUGUCCUGAAUGUGUUUAUGAUUUUGACUGCACUGGAAGAGGGCAUUUGAAAUAGGCUGAUACACAAGUGGCUGAGUUAGAAUUGAGGAAAAUAGUAGUUGAAGCCUGGAAGUAUUGUGUGAGUUAUUCACUGCAUGCGAACUUGAGAAUUCACAGGACGAAAUUGACAUUAGGAAUGCUUGCCUGGCUGUGCACUUCCCUUCGUCCCUGUAUGUUUCCUACCCUGGAGCCUUAAGAAAGCACUGAGAUCCUGACCUCUACAAACAUAUUCUACCGGACUCAAGUGCUGCCAAGUGCACAGGCUUCAUGUUGCAGGUGGCGCCUGCCAAAGCUGCUCAGGUGGUCUGUGGGGCGGGGCUUGGGACAAAGUCCGUCCCUUCUUUAGGCCCUGCCCAGGGGCCUGCCAGGUGUUAGAGCCUAAGCAGCAGGAUGCCAGAACCUCAGGCGGACUUCUGCUAGAGUUCAAAGGAGGUGUUGUCCCUCUUGGGGACAGGCCACCCGUUGAGCUACUUUAAAUCUGAAUGGAAGUGACCAGUCUUCCAAACUUAGGAGCCAAGGGCUGGCCUUGUGGGUUGCAGGAACCUGAUGCCUGGAUUCUCAUGUCCUGGAAGCCGCCAGCACCCUUUCUGCAUUCCUGGAAGGGAGUCCUGUUCACAUGCUUGCCAACGGUUAGGACCAGGACCAGAAAGAGGAAAGAAAUGAGCCGCCAGACUGCUACAGCAUUACCCACUGGCACCUCAAAGUGUCCACCGUCCCAGAGGGUACCUGCCCUGACUGGCACAACUGCAUCCAACAAUGACUUGGCGAGUCUUUUUGAGUGUCCUGUCUGCUUUGACUAUGUGUUGCCACCCAUUCUUCAGUGCCAGAGUGGCCAUCUUGUUUGUAGCAACUGUCGUCCUAAACUCACAUGUUGUCCGACCUGCCGGGGUCCACUGGGAUCCAUCCGCAACUUGGCUAUGGAGAAAGUGGCCAAUUCAGUACUUUUCCCUUGUAAAUACGCCUCUUCUGGAUGUGAAAUAACUCUCCCGCACACAGAAAAGGCAGAGCACGAAGAGCUCUGUGAGUUCAGGCCUUAUUCCUGCCCCUGCCCUGGUGCUUCCUGUAAGUGGCAAGGCUCCUUGGAUGCUGUCAUGCCCCACCUGAUGCAUCAGCACAAGUCCAUUACAACCCUGCAAGGAGAAGAUAUAGUUUUCCUUGCUACAGACAUUAACCUUCCUGGUGCUGUUGACUGGGUGAUGAUGCAGUCUUGUUUUGGCUUUCACUUCAUGUUAGUCUUGGAGAAACAGGAAAAAUACGAUGGUCACCAGCAGUUCUUUGCAAUUGUACAGCUGAUAGGAACACGCAAGCAAGCUGAAAAUUUUGCUUAUCGACUUGAGCUAAAUGGUCAUAGGCGGCGAUUGACUUGGGAAGCGACUCCUCGGUCUAUUCAUGAGGGAAUUGCAACAGCCAUUAUGAAUAGUGACUGCCUAGUGUUUGACACCAGCAUUGCACAGCUUUUUGCAGAAAAUGGCAAUUUAGGCAUCAAUGUAACUAUUUCCAUGUGUUGAAACGGCAAUCAAAUAUUUCUGGCCAGUGUUUAAAAUUUGCAUUUGACUUCACAGAGAAUAAGGCACCCAUCUGCUUGCCGACCUAAAACUCUCCUGGUAGGUAGAAGCUAGACACAUGAAGGUAAAUAAAAAGAAAGGCUGUUAAUACAGGAAACAGUUGCAUGUAGUAACACUAAUAUAUUUAAAAAUAAUUCAACAGUAAACCACUGAAAAAAAAUAUAUAUACCCAAGAUGGGCAUCUUUUGUAUUAAGAAAAAAGAAAGGAAACAUUGUAAAAUAUUUCUGAACUUCGUGUUUGUUGUAGAUUGAUUGUAUUGUUGACAACAAUUUUUUGGGGAUGUGUGUCUGUGCACACAUGGGUGCACGAGUGUGGUUGGUUUUCCUUUAACUGACAAGCCAUCUGCGUGGUCAUGGACCACUGCUUUCCCCUUGUGAGUCAAUACAUAGUGCUGCUGUGUUUUUUGUUUUGUUUUUUUUUUCUUUUUUUGUGUGUGUAUUUGCUAAUUUUUAUUAUAGUUUUUCAUUAAAUAAAUUUGACUUUCUUUUCUGUAAUUCAGGUUUUUCUCAUUUUUGUACCUUUAAGUUAGUGUCUUUUUGAUAUUCAUAAUUGCUUAUGUCAAAAGUUUGUGUUCAAUACAUACUUUCUUUUCCUUCAAUCAGUUUAUUAGAACUAUUUUUAAUUCAGCCCUUUUGUGAAAAUAGGAAUUCCAGAAAGGAAAGGUAACAUGAGUGUGCUGUGCAAGCUGCAGCGGUGUGAGAUGGUCUUGUCUGUGUGAGUCCCACCAUCAGGCUUACUCUCGGGAAGGUCAGGGUAGGGAGUAAACUCUGAGUUAUACAAAUAUCUUUUAAAAAAAUCAGGCCUUUCCUCUCUUCAAAUGUGUUGGGCAAAUCACAUGUUUAAAUUGGUUCUUGUAUUUAUUGGUUUUGCAAAAGAGUGCAUCAUCAUACACAGUAUUUGUAAUUAAAGGAAAUCAUUUGUUUUUAAAAAAGGCAGUUUGCAAAAAUGUUUUUGAUCUUUUAUAAUUCUCAUUAAAAGAUUAUCUGGCAAAUUAAAAAAAUCUUAAUGUGUUUA